CAGCAAUGUACUUAAUUAUAUUUGAUUAGACAGCUCAACUAUAACACUAUUCUAAAUAAUUUCUUCAUAUGUUAUAUAUUUACGUUUUACUAUUUUCAAUCUGUUUACUACAAGGCGCAAACGGCGAAGAAGUAAUCUUGAAUGUUGUGGAAUUUUUAAUGCAACUUUGGAAAAAUCUUUACACACGUUUGGGUGAAACUUGGAAAUGUUUUUUGGAUGUGAUGCCCCCAUAUCUUGGUGGUAAUAACAAAACAUGUAUUAAUCCCAGUCAAACUUCUAUGCAUUGAAUACUAUCAGCAUCUAUCAGGAUUGAAUCAAAUCAAUGCAUAAAAUAAAUAUUACACACAAUACUUGAAA